GUUACGUUGAUUUGAUCAAAUCAAAGAGGGCAUAACAUGAAAACAGCUGCUCUCUCUUCCUCCUCCUCUGUUCUUAGGAAAAUCCGUCUCUCCCCCUACCUCCUCACCUUAUUAGCUCUCCUAGUCUUGGUCGCCGUCCUCUACGGUGAGGAAUUUUUCUUCAUUUUCGGCAAACCCAAGAUCAAACGGCCGGACCCACCAGUCUCAAGAACCGAUCAUGACAAAACAGAGAGACCGCCGUUCGCCGUAGGGAGAACUGAAGAAGGGUGUGAUGUAUUCAGCGGGAGAUGGGUGAGGGACGAGCUAAACAGGCCGCUGUACGAGGAAUCGGAGUGUCCUUACAUUCAGCCACAGUUGACUUGUCAGGAGCACGGUAGACCUGAGAAGGAGUAUCAGCACUGGCGAUGGCAGCCGCAUGGCUGCUCCCUUCCGAGGUUCAAUGCCACAUUGAUGCUGGAAAUGCUACGGGGGAAGAGGAUGAUGUUCGUGGGAGACUCACUGAAUCGGGGUCAGUAUGUUUCCAUGGUCUGCCUUCUUCACAGACUUAUUCCAGAACAUGCCAAAUCCAUGGAAACCUUUGAUUCCCUUACCGUCUUUACGGCCAAGGAGUACAAUGCCACCAUUGAAUUCUAUUGGGCACCAUUUCUUUUGGAAUCAAAUUCAGACAAUGCUGUUAUUCAUAGGAUAACAGACAGAAUUGUAAGGAAAGGUUCCAUUAACAAACACGGUCAACAUUGGAAAGCUGCCGACAUUAUAGUCUUUAACACCUACCUGUGGUGGGUGACUGGCCAAAAGAUCAAAAUCUUGAAAGGAUCUUUUGAUGACAAGGAGAAAGAAAUAAUAGAGUUGACAACUGAGGAUGCAUACCGUAUGGCAAUGAAAAGCAUGGUAAGAUGGGUGGGGAAAAAUAUGGAUCCCAAAAAUACCAGGGUAUUCUUCACCAGCAUGUCUCCUACUCAUGUAAAGAGCAUUGAAUGGGGAGGUGAAGAUGGUGGAAAUUGUUACAACGAAACAACAUUGAUAGAAGACCCAACAUAUUGGGGAUCAGAUUCUAAAAAAAGCUUAAUGAAGGUGAUUGGAGAAGUGUUCAGUCAAUCAAAGUUUCCAAUCACAUUUCUGAACAUCACACAGCUCUCCAAUUAUCGGAAGGAUGCCCACACCUCCAUUUACAAGAAGCAGUGGAAUCCAUUAACAAAGGAGCAACUAGCAAAUCCUGCUAGCUAUGCAGAUUGCACUCACUGGUGUUUGCCUGGCCUUCAAGAUACUUGGAACGAACUCCUCUUUGCCAAGCUCUUCUAUCCUUGACAAUUCACCCACUUUGCAAAAUUAUAAUGAUUCUUGAACACGAAAUUGGAUUGACUUAAAAAAAAAAAAAUUCAGAUGUAAUUUUAUUUUUUUAUUGGAGCUGAUAUUAUCUUUCUUUUUUUUUUUCGCCGUUAGGUCGAGCUCGAAUACUUAUCAAGA